AUGGAAUCAUGGCGGGAACGAGGGUUUGUACCGGACUCAGACGAGGAUGAUGGGUUGGACAGCCCGGAAAAAGUGAACCAGGAUCUCGAUGGUAGUGACGAUGAGCUUGGAGCAUCCCCGACACCCGAUACGCUGGGUACGACUCCCCAGGCCCCCGAGGGUAAAGACACCAAGGAAGAGAGCCACCAUAGCUCCCAAGGCGGCAUUGUUGAAAAUUUCCUACCUGUCAUAUCCAGUCCAGAUGUUGAUAAUGUGCCUGUCCAGGCAAAUGAGGAAGCGAAGUCUUUGGCUAAAGAGGUGCCCGACAAGCAAGCUAGGGAUAUCGCUACAGGACCGCUAUCAGAAGACUUCAAUGAUGAGGAUGCCACGCCUACGAGAAAGUCGCAUCCAUCCCCGACUCUAUCCGCUACUCCAAGGCCAAGGCCAAGCCCACCGUCGACCCCGCUAAGAGAGCAAUCCGAAGACAUAUGGGAGGUACAGAGCUCUUCACCAGACGAACUACAGCUGGUCGAUCUGAUUUCCCGGAGGUCGAUCGGCCUUCAUUCGAAAGUGCCAGGCACUGGCGAGCAACAGAAGGAUAACGAAAAUGCCGACCCUUCGCCUUUAUCUUCACCACUGUCGUCCCUCCACUCUUUGACAUUGGGCGAAGGUGAUGAACAUGAUCAACAGAAUACAGUGAAUACAGAGAGUCCACCGCCGGAGAGCAACCUAGAUGCGUUGCUUCCGCCUCUUGAAAUCCCAGAAGAUAUACUGCGAGAGAUGUCUCAACCAGCACGAAGGUCCUUACGGCAGCGCAAUCCCAUCCAAUUACACCCGUAUCUUUUGGAGAAUGCGAAAUACCAAAAGCUUAUGAAGGCAAGAGGGAUUAAACCAGUACCCGCCGCUCAAUACCAGCAAGCAAUGCAGGCGGCGGCUGAUGGCCAAGGACAGAGCUUUGAUAGCACCCUGCCACCUUCGAGCAGCCCUACUGCGGACUUCGAGUUUGCACCAUCGUCUCCGCCGGAAAGAAAUUCUAUCUCUACAGGAAAAGCACCUCAAGAUCUUCAUGGAAGCCAACCGCAUUCGCUCCAUCAGGACCUAUCUGAGAACGAGAUCAGAGGGCCUAAGAGGCGUAAAGUGUCAAGGCCAGACGAUCAUUGGAACUUAUUACGCCACCAGCCCCGGCCUACAGUGGUAAUAACCAACCGUGCGUCUCCUAUCAACUUGAACAGUAGCUUGGCUCGUGACAUACUGCCCAGUCCGCCACGCUCUGGAAGUAACUCCUCCCCGCAGGCCCUAUGGAAUCCUACUGAGUUUCGGUUCCCUCGUGGGUUCACGCCGCCUACGUUAAACACACCUAAUACAGCCCCGAGACGGGAAGGGCGAGAUGCCACUACAACAGCCUACGGGUCCAGAUCUGACGUUGAUGAAGAGCCUGUUGAUGUUCGGUCGACAGCCUCUCAACAUUCUCAUUCCGCCUCGGAGAAUGAUGGAGAGGAUGAAGAAGAAGGAGAGGAGCCUGAAGAGGACGUUCGUGAACUUCAACGUAGAAUCAAAGGUGUACUUCCGGCUUCGUGGCUGCGGUUAGACCAACAGAGACAAAAGGAUGCACAGCUGAGUUCUACACAGCGAAAUCGCGAUAAGAAUUCUAGGAUAGAAAACGCCAAGGGCGUCGCUAAAAAGAUAAUUAAGAGAACUGGCCCCUCAACUUCGUCAAACCUGGUCGAGCAUUUGGCAUCACUGAGACAUCUUGCCGAGUCUGAUGGUAGUGAUACGGAUGAAGAUGACCGCAAUGGGGGUCAAACCAAUGCGCGACAGAUACUAGCCAACUUGGUUGGAUUCGAUGACACAUUCCUAGCGGAAGAUAUGGGCGAGGACAUUCCAGAAGACAAUCGCAUCGAUUACAUGUUUCCAUCAGCAACACGUGAAACAACAGCUCCUCGAACCCAAAAGGGAGGCCAAAAACGACAAAGGCCUGAGAGCCAUUUUGCUCGUUCUGACAGUCAUCCUAAGCGGCCUCGCCUUAAGAAACAAGCUAGGCUUACGGAUCCCAUCUACAGGCGGGAAAAAAAGAAAUAUCCCUCACACACUCCUCCGAGGCUUGGUAUAUUGGAUGCUCCCGAUGUUGCUUCUCGGCCUCGAAACGAGCAGCCACAGUUCCUCAGAGUCGCUGCUCGCAAAGCACGGUCUCGUCAGGAUAAAGGCAGACGAAGCCCUUCAAACAAAGUCAUCAAAAUGAGUUCAGCUCUAGACACAGAAGAUGCUAACACAUCGUUACGCGAAUGGCGCGCCGGGCGUAUUCGGCAGUCGAAGUUGCCCAGGGCUCAAGCAAAGGCCCCCAGGCGACCACCAUUGGCGGAUCUUUCUUCAAACAAGAAAGUUGGACCCAGAAAUCAUGAAUCUGGGGAGAUAAACAAAGACCACCGUAUCACGGCUGGACCAGCGACACGACCGGACGAUAUCAACGUCGUCCGGAGUCAAACGCCAGAUCCAGAAGCUCCACCACCCACUACAGCGCCCCCCACUUCGAAAAAGCCUAUGCAGCGUAUUCAGUAUGGCAACAACUGGUUUGUCCGGAGAAACGUUGUCGUUUCCUCUCUAAAAAGAAACGAUCCAAGACCUGUCGGUUUAGAAAUGGCGAGUCUUAACGUUUCCCGAGCGCCAUCCUUUCAAAGGUCACUUUCCCUACUCAAUCAAAAUGCUAGGCAAAAACGCUUACCCGAGACCCUGGACCGAAAUAUAAUAUUGAAUCGAUUUCUCGUCGACAGUAGCCAAGCAGCUGUUCAUGCUAAGUCACGCGGAAGCACCUUCACUCGCGAGUCGAACGAUGUGAGCGUAUCGCUCCCAAAGCGUCCAGUUCAAAUCAAGCGGAAGUUGAAGAAACGCACUCCCAUGAGAUUGGAUGUUAGCACUGCUGAAGACACGAAUCCACUUAUCCUGUCCGCAGAUCUAGACCCUCCUCGAGUGCAAGGGGAAGAUGCAAACCCCAGUCAAGGAGUCUCGGACGGACUGAGUGGUUUUCAACGCUCGUACUCUACGGAUUUUGGCAUCACUCCUCUGGGCCUAGGAACCUUUUUCCAUGAAUCUUCGUUUAUUGGAAGUGGGGAGUUUCACCGCUCGCUUGAGCUCGGCAAGCGUAACCUUGAUCAAGAUACUGGCAUUUUCACUUCGAAUGUUGGGGAUCGAACUUUUCGGUGGGGACCUUGGAAUGAUGCUGUGUCCUCUGAACUUGGCAUUGCAUUUGAUACCAUGCUUGAGGAAAUGGAAAAGAAUGACACGAUGUCCACUGAGGCGGCCCUUGAAAACGCACCCAAUCGCACCCACAUUAUCUACAGGACCCUGGUCAAGUACGUCACGGAAACUCUGACGUUCAUCGAUCCUAUCGAUAGAACAGGCUUUAUAACGAGGGCCUAUGUGCUUAUUUCCAAGGUCAAUGAUAAUUUAACCGCAUUGGUCUCGGCUACAGCUCGAGGGACAGAGCAUCGUACGAAAAUUGCUUCCUACAAUGUCGUAUUCGCCAACUUAACCUAUCAGAUAGCUUGUCAUACCCUCGUCAAUGGCAGCGUAACGGAAGAAGUCUUGGAACUUGUGAAGUCAGUUUCUAGACAAGCCUUUACAGCCAUUUCGGACUCAGUAGGGAAAAUCAAUAUUCGCAAAUUCCUCGAAGAUAACAAGGUGUGCGAACAACGCGAUAAAGGGGUCCGAGACGAAUACCCAGCCGUUGAGGCCUACGUCAUUGUUCAGCACAUAUUGCACAGUACGGAAAAGCUGAAGGGCUGCUUUGAAGGGCUCAUUGCCGACUCUUUGUUGUCAACCGGAGAUCUGAGCAAUACAAAGGAUAUCGAUCACUUAGAAAGCAGGUGGCAUUGGCUAUUAACUACCCUACCGUUGGGCGAAAUUGACGCUCUUGGAAUCGCCCGAAUUGGAUCACGCUUCAGAGGAACUUGCAACAACUGGACAAUAGUGAAACAUUUUCUGUGCCCUGUUUUGGAAAGUUACGAGCCUAGUACUUCAGCCUCUAUCUCCUACAAUACUUAUUGCCGAACUCUGUUUCACAGAUGCUUCCUUCUUAUCAAUGGCUGGGGGUGGAGGGAUUGCAAACUAAUCUUAGAUACGCUCUACGAUUUCUUUGCGAGGAACACCUUGUAUAAUCUGAAACAAGAAGAGAAUUAUACGUCUCCCUCGUUUUUAGAUGAGCUCGACCACAACCCAUCCAUUGACGUCACGCCAAGCGACCCAUGCUUCCAUAUCUUUUUGAAGCUCAUCGCAAGUGGCUUGCGUUUUCUGUCCAAGCUAUAUGAUAAGAAGAAAGUGCGGAAUUUCGCUUGGCGCCUAUUGCCAAAUCACGGCAGAGUAUAUCCAAAAGAACAGCCUAUUCACCAGGCAGAUUUGGAUGCUCUACGAAACCACCACGAUCUGCUCUGCACUUUAUACUUCGCAGUCCCAGAUGGGUGCCGACCUCGAUUAGAGGCGAUAAAGAACCUUGUGCAUCCUGCCAACUCCCACCGCGAAACUUGCAAUAUCAGCAUCCGAUCAUGGGCUAGACUUGUGCGCUUCAAGUUGUCCACAGAUGAGGAUGUAUCUGGGUUAGAAGCAUUUGCUGAUUGGCAUAGUUACUUCGUUAGUGAAUUCAUCAAACAGCACAUGCUAGCUCGAAGGGAGAUAGAAGCGCAAAACACAAAGGACAAUCAAUUUUCUCACCAGCUGAUCGAACGGACGAUUUCACAGAAUCAGAGACAGAUCGAGUCUUUACUGAAAACUGCCCUGAGUAGCUUACAAAACGCUAUUCAAUCAGCCCCAACACUCGAGCACGCUCACAGACUAAUUUCUAAAUCACCUAUAGGUAUGGUAUUGGGGCUCUUCAACUCUAGGCUUGCUCGUGUCAAUACUACGGUGUCAGAGGCUCUACAGAUGUUAAAGGCCUAUGUUCACAAGUGCAACUCCGUCUCUACUACUGGAUCAGCAAACCCACCAGCGCCAGUGGAUGAAGACAGCCAAGAGUAUGGUGAUUGGGCCGACAUCGAGGCAAUGUACGGUGAUGAGUUUUCUCCUGCGACCCAUCCUCAAGGAAUCGAAUACGUGGAGAAAGCUCUUCACCCAGCAGUAUCCCAGCUUGUAUCUAAUUGUUUUGGUGAGGAUCACUGCCCGGAAGACGCAAUCCUUCUAAGUGUUGUCGAUUGUUGGACUUCUAUCGCCCAAGUGCUUGUGAAAAAUAGAUUCCGGCAUUGGGACAAUUAUCUUAGCCUUUACGACGGUGAUUCCUGGGCAGGGCUUCGAAAGACAGUGCAAACUAGAAAGUUCACACCUAAGUUCCUGGCAAGCUGCAUUGAAAAAGAUGCUCGAUUCAUAUCUGAAUGCAAGAUGCAAGUCCUCGGGAUGUGGAUGUCGAGCUUAGUUGAGCGGGUAUCGAUGUUGAAAUUCCAGCACUCUUUGACUGAGGCGUUGUUGAAUUGCGAUCCGACCAAUACUCUGUUGCAGAAUUUACCCUUCUCUGUGGAUAGAAAGCAUGGUCGAUACUCAAUUACGCUGGAAGAACUCAGUCAACGUCGGUUGUCUUUAAUAUCAAGUCUACUGUCAAACAUGCGCGCGCACAUCCAAGACCUGGAGAUUGCAGCAAGUAAAACGCUUUCGACUGAAAAGCAAGAGUACCGUGAACUUAUCCAGACAAUGAUGUCCUCAAUGAAAGCAAACUACCAGGAGCUAGGUAGCAGCGCAGCAAGUGCACAAGGAGUUUAUGUGGACUUUGUCCACCGGAUUGUCGGGUUCUUACAGCAACAUACGAGGGAUAUCUGCCCCAUCGACCCGUUCUUUACCGAUCCGACCUCGUUUCCUUUGCCUUCAACAGAUCCGACGUACAUCGUUGCACGAUUGAAGGGCUACGAGCCGAAGCUCUCAUCUGAAAAGGUCGCAAAAACCCUGAUCAUGUUCAUCCAGGGCAUUUCGGAGCGAGCCGCUAUAGACGGUCAGCAGGUCUACCUUGUCGACCAGUUACAGACUUCCAUAGCACAUACUUAUGAAGUGGGAGACCCGGCUAGGCCAACCCUGAGGGCUACCCUGCUGCAAUCCGUGUUUCCAGCCUAUCUUCAGACGGCUUUCAGCAACCCUGUCGUGGACUACAUUGAUCGAGCCACCGACGCGGGCGAGAACAUCAUAGCCCAGAUACAAGCAUUCCGCCAGUUCAUCCUGUUUAGCACAUCAUUCCUACAUGACCAGCUACUCAUAACCGAUCCCGAAAACAUCCCUCACCCGACCAACAUCUUCACAUCCGAAAGCACGCCUACCAACGCCCCAGCAUUCUUCAACGAGAUUCGCAUCUCCGCAACGCGCGAACUCCAGACCUACAUCAACGAGAGCUGGUCCAGACACCAAGGCAAAUACUACUUCACUCGGCGUGGCGGCCACCAACCACAGGAGGUCAACCUCGAGCCAUCCGUGGCUGCGAAUUUGGAAAAUUUCCCCUUGGCAAUAUUCGACGAUGCUGCUCGGAAAUUCUUGGAUACGCUACGGGCUCUUGACUCAUUUGACACUUUCCAUUAG